AUGAAGUUCUUCAGUUUUCCGCAUCAUUUCGGACGAUCUCAACCAACGACAAAGAUUUCAUCCCCGUCGAGGACUGUUGACGACAUUGAUCUAAAACAAGAUGCGGCGUGCAAAAACAAUGAAACAUAUUAUAAAUGUUUGCUGAAGGUAGCUGAACCAAAUUGUUAUGAAACGAUGAAAUUUCCGAGAAAAGGAGUGUCAUCGAAAAAUACUCUCCAUAUGGCCCGUCCGAUAGCGGAGACGAGCUCGAGCGAUGAGGCAGCCGAAUCAGCUAGUAAAAAUCUCCUGGCACUGAUGAGUCCUUCACGGCCUGCGUCUUCCACUCGUACUUUUAAGUGGGAAAAACUAGCGAUGAAGAGUAAAUCCGUGUACUUGAGACACAGAAGCCAGAAAAUGUUGAAGGAUCGUUUGGAAAAGUAUUGUGUUAGCGCAAUGCAAGCCGAGGAGAAGAAAAGUGAGAAUUUAUCCUCAAGUGAAGGAAGCCAGGCAUCGGCUUCCUCGUCUUUGGCAGUCGGGAAAGCUUUACCGAAAUUUCAUGCCGGUAGAGUAAGCGACGAAUUUGAACUUUGCUCCAUUCUUCGUGGGACCGCUGCAAAGCGUUUGUUUCCUGUUUGGUUUUUUCCUCACAUUGGCUACAGCUCUGAUCGUUUGGAAAAGUACUGUGUUAGUGCAAUGCAAGGCGAGGAGAAGAAAAGUGAGAAUUUAUCCUCAAGUGAAGGAAGCCAGGCAUCGGCUUUCUCAUCUUUGGCAGUCGGGAAAGCUUUACCGAAAUUUCAUGCCGGUACAUUUUAUAAAAUGUUAAUUUGCAAAAGUUCACCUAUCCUGGAAAAACGGUGUACUUACUCUUGCACCGGAACUCACGUCGAAGACAUGGCUUACGUAAAUACAGAAGCAGUUAAGCAGGAUGCUGUUGGCUUUUCUGUCACUGUGAUGUCAGAACUGCUUGAGCUAUUCGUUGUCUGUUGA